UAUCCAAACCCUAAUCCACCUUAAAACCCUUCUUCUCCAAUCAUAAACCCUAAAAAAAACAAAAACCCUAAUUACCACUGUUACAGUGCCCCCCCCAUUUCUCAACAAUGGAAGAACCAAAUGACAAAACUGACCUCAUCAAACCCCAAACCACCACCCCACCAAUGGACACCUCAAACUGGCCAAUCCUCUUAAAAAACUACGACCGCCUCAAUGUCCGUACCGGCCACUACACGCCGCUGCCGUCCGGUUACUCGCCGCUCAAACGGCCGCUCGCCGAAUACAUACGCUACGGCGUCAUGAAUCUCGAUAAACCGUCAAACCCAUCGUCACACGAAGUUGUAGCAUGGAUUAAACGGAUCCUCCGGGUCGAAAAAACGGGUCACAGCGGCACUUUGGAUCCGAAAGUUACGGGUAAUUUAAUUGUUUGUAUUGAUAGAGCUACCCGUCUUGUUAAGUCUCAACAAGGCGCUGGUAAAGAAUAUGUUUGUGUUGCUAGAUUACAUGAUAAGGUUGUUGACACUGUUAAAGUAGCAAGGGCUUUAGAAACCCUAACCGGUGCGGUUUUUCAACGGCCGCCGUUGAUUGCAGCGGUUAAACGCCAACUUAGGAUUCGGACCAUUUACGAAAGCAAGUUGUUAGAGUAUGAUUCGGAUAGGAAUUUAGUUGUGUUUUGGAUUUCUUGCGAAGCGGGUACCUAUGUUCGGACAAUGUGUGUUCAUUUAGGUUUGAUUCUUGGUGUCGGUGCGCAUAUGCAAGAAUUGAGGAGGGUUCGGUCGGGCAUUUUGGGGGAGAAGGAUAAUAUGGUUACGAUGCAUGAUGUUAUGGAUGCGCAAUGGGUGUAUGAUAAUUAUAGAGAUGAGAGUUAUUUGAGGAGAGUUGUAAUGCCGCUUGAGAUUUUGUUGACGAGUUAUAAGAGGUUAGUUGUGAAGGAUUCUGCGGUGAAUGCGAUUUGUUAUGGUGCUAAAUUGAUGAUUCCGGGGUUGUUGCGGUUUGAGAAUGAUAUUGAAUCAGGUGAGGAAGUUGUGUUGAUGACUACUAAGGGUGAGGCGAUUGCUUUAGGGGUUGCAGAAAUGACGACUGCUGUGAUGGCUAGUUGUGAUCAUGGAGUUGUGGCGAAGAUUAAGAGGGUGGUUAUGGAUAGGGAUACUUAUCCGAGGAAGUGGGGAUUGGGACCGAAGGCUUCGAUGAAGAAGAAGCUGGUUGCUGAAGGGAAAUUGGAUAAGCAUGGCAAGCCGAAUGAGAAAACUCCUGCAGAAUGGUCGCGGAAUUUGGUAGCCUUGCCCACCGGAGGUGAUUCUGUGGUUGCUAGCCUUGCUGCUGCUGUGAAUGAGACAGCAAAGGUGACUGAUGCAGUGGAGAAAGAAGUAGCGGACACAACAGAGAAAAAAAAGAAGCGGAAGCGUACAGAUGACGAAGCUGGUGUAUCUGAUACAGAAAUGUCCGAGAAGAAAAAGAAGAAAAAGAGAGAAAAAGCUAUUGUAGACGGUGAGGCUAAUGGUGACGAGGCAGAUAGGAGUGAGGAAAAGAAGAAGAAGAAAAAGAAAGAUAAGGAUGCCGAGGAAACUCCAACUGUUGAGGAAGGGAAGACUAAUGACGAGGAGGCGGAUAGAAGUGAGAAGAAAAAGAAGAAGAAAAAGAAAGACAAGGACGCCGAGGAGGCCCCAACUGUUGAGGAAGGGAAAACUAAUGGCGAGGCUGAUAAAAGCGAGAAAAAGAAGAAGAAGAAAAAGGAUAAAGACGCAGCCGAAUAAGAGCAAGACCACAAUGUUCCGAAAAAUGAUUGUUCGGUAAUCUUUUAAUUCAGUUUCAAAAAACUCUUAAACUCCUUUGAGUGUAUUUUUGGUUGCAACAUUUUGUAGUAUGGUUUAUCUUAUGUUUUUUCUCCAAAGAGCUCUUGUUUGUAUUGCUCGGUUCUUCCCAACCGGUUCAAAUGCCAGUUGAACCGGAAACCGGUGAUCUCACCUGAUCGCCCACCGGUUUAGUUUUCAAAAAUGAUGCUUUAUUGUAUUUGUUCGUCUGGUAAUCUACUUAUUUGCUGGAUAAAAUGAAUGAAAAUAUGCACGUGACGUUUACUA